UCAAGCGUGUUUAUAAUUUUUUUUUACUGUUUUUUAUCCAUUGUUACAUAUUAGUAUAUUACAUAAUACAAAAUCAUGUUUUACAUUAAUUUAACUUACUAAAUGUUUAUCGUAUAAUUCAUUUAAUUUAAAAAUUAAAUACGUAUUUAUACCUUCAGCCUUAAAACCACAAUUAAAAUUAUAUCUAUGAAACUUACCUUUACAUCGUUAACGUAGUACAUCUAUGGACAGGUGUUAAAAAAAAUAUUUUUCAUCCCGUUUUAAAAAAUGUGCUUGUCACACUUUUUGUAAAAUAUUAUUUGUCCACAUUAUUUUUGCGGCACGAUAGAGACUUUUUUUAAUCGUGGACACUCUUUUUUAGGUAUAGUUGUAAAAUAAUUUCAUACAGCCCCGCGAACAGAUCGUAAUAUUAUUGGUAGAUCUAAGGUGAAUAAUUUAAGUUUUGGACCAGAAGAUCAAUGAAGUAAGUCAUUCAAAUCAUUAUUUAAACAAUGUUUCUUCAUGUCAUCGACUAAGUGUAUGAUGACACGAUGGUGAAAAUUACAGACUAGUGUUUGUAUAUGGUGUCGUAUGUUAUUUGUUUCAUACGUGUUUUACGUAGAUUAACGUUUCUAACUUAAAUUAUGUAAAUAAUAAUUACCUAUUUGACAUUAUAAUUUAUUACAAGCUGUAUUAAUCUGAUGUUCGUCAUACUUAGAUAUAACCUACAGCUACAAAGGUUUUGGUUUUUAUACAGAUGUUGUGUUACUGAAAAAAAUCAUUAAAAGUCAUAACAUUAUUAAAAAUAAAAACUGGCCGGACUCCGUUACAGAAAUAGGUCCACUUUCGUUUAUUUGUUUUCAAUAUUUUCGAGGACAUUAAAAUUAAAUAAUUAUACUAUUCAAGAUUAAUCCCGUUCAACGCACUUGUCCCACAGAUACUAGAACAGCGUAAUAUCAAUCGUACUAUAAAUUCAGCGGAAAAUGCAUUUUAGACACAUUUUUUUAUUGGCUAUUGAAAUCCGAACGGAGGAUUGCGAAAAUCUGAAGUGCCGGUGUCCGAUAAUCCACGAUUAUCGGUGUAGUUUACAACUGCCGUUAAAAAACUGAUAUCAUACAAUUCAUACAAUUCAUCACCGUGAUCGUAAAUUUAUUAACGAAAAACAUACCUAGUAUUUAUAGUGACAACGUCGAGGAUUGUCGACAUAUGCAAUUUCUGAUUAGUGGUUACUAUUUGGAUAUCGCAGCACUAUACAUAAUAUAAAAAAAUAUAGUGUACAAAAAUGAUUCACUCGUGGUCGAUUUAAAAAAAAAAAAUAUCUUGAAAAUGGGUUUUGAUUGGGGAGCGUCGCUGUCCGGAUGAGAGUCUCGUUUCAUAAAUAAUUGAUCGAGGUGAAUAACAAAACAAGCAUUAUUGCUAAUGUUUUUUGAUUGGAACGUUUAAGUUGAGAAGUAUGAGAAGAGAAGGAGAGUCGACAAAACCAAAUUUAAUGGAGUUUAGAAGAAUGGAGAAAGUAAAUAUUAUGAAUGACCUGUGGUGAGCUAUAAGUAGAAGAGACAAAUAAGCUUGGGCAAAACGCUUUAUCAAUCGCUGAGCAGGAAAAAAACGUUCGCUACAGAAACUAAACAUGAAAAAGACAAGUUGAAACGAGUGUUGACCAUUUUCGACUUGACCGCUUUGGGCAUUGGCGCCACUUUAGGGAGUGGCGUUUAUGUGUUGGCCGGAACAGUGGCCAAAUCUAUCGCUGGACCAGCGGUGGUAUUGUCUUUCAUCGUAGCGGCAAUUGUCUCUUCGUUUGCUGGAGUUUGUUACGCUGAAUUCGCCGGCCGAGUACCCAAAGCCGGAUCUGCGUAUAUUUACAGUUAUGUGGCCGUCGGUGAAUUUAUCGCUUUUAUUAUUGGUUGGAACAUGUUUAUCGAGCAUACGAUAGGCACAGCAUCCGCUGCCAAAGCCAUGACAAAUUAUUUAGACUCUUUGCUUGGCGAUCCCCAAAAGAGGUACAUGAAAACACAUUUUCCAAUGCACAUGCAGUUUAUGGGCGAAUAUCCGGACGUUGCGUCGUUUUUGUUCCUCAUGUUCAUUGCGUUGGUUAUGGCUUGGGGUGUUCGGAAGUCUUCAACUCUCAAUACAGUGUUUACUGCAUUUAACUUACUGACCGUCGGUACAGUCAUCGUGAGUGGACUUUUUUUUGUUAAAAUUUCGAAUUGGAAUAUAUCGAAAAGCGAAAUCCCGCCCGGAGUGGACGGCGGCAACGGUGGAUUCGCGCCAUUCGGAUGGAGUGGAAUAAUCGCUGGAGCGGCUCGAUGCUUUUACGGGUUCAUUGGAUUCGAAUCUAUUUCUACGACCGGCGAAGAAACAAAAAAUCCGAAAAAAACAAUUCCGCUGGCGAUCGUUCUGACGCUGGUGUUCGUCACGUCUGCAUACUCUAUCGUGGCGUCAGUGUUGACCCUGAUGUGGCCGUAUUACGAUCAGGAUCCGAACGCGCCGUUUCCAGUCAUCUACGAGAACCUGGGAUUACCCGUGAUCAAGUAUAUGGUUACCUGCGGCGCGGUAUUCGCUCUAUUCACCUCUUUAUUAGGAUGUCUGUUUCCGAUACCACGAAUCCUGUACGCCAUGUCCUGCGACGGUCUGUUGUUCGAAUUCUUAUCGAUGGUCAACGAAAGGACCAAGACUCCAGUCAUAGCCACAAUGAUAUGCGGAGUCGGUGCCGGCAUAUUGUCGUCCAUCUUCAAUCUCGAACAGCUCGUCGACAUGACGUCUAUCGGCACCCUCAUAUCGUAUUUGAUAGUUUGUAUCUGCCUACUGGUGCUCAGGUACAGAGACACUAACACGGUAGUUCAGGAUAUAGACAGUAAUUCCGAUGACUAUAAAAUGUUCAAAUGGUACAGUUUGUUUAACUCAAAAGUCACGAACUUGGAUACUCAAUACAUAUCCAGAGUGUUGAUACUUAUAUACACUUUCAGUGCAUGUGUAUUUUGCAUUAGUAUGGUGAAUAUUGACUGUUACGAUGGAGAGUUUUAUUUCCCGUUAAUUGUCGUAAUAGCGGUUUCGAUCACAGUAUCAUUACUUUCCAUGUUAAUGUUACACAGACUUCCACAAGCAGUCGAAAACUUAGCGUUUAGGGUACCACUAGUUCCUUUUAUACCGUGCGUGAGUAUAACUCUUAACUUAUACCUAAUGAUGGAGCUGAGCAUCAAGACUUGGAUAAGAUUCGGCGUGGGACUUAUAUUAGGAGUAUUCAUAUACGCGUUCUAUGGCAUUCAUCACAGUAUAGAAGGUGGUAAACAACGAGCGGUAAAAAAUGAAGAAAACAAAAACACGCUGAGAAUCUCUUCCUAAUAAUUUGUUCAUAUAUAAUCAAGCUUUACAUAUAUAUUUUUUUACAUUUGUAUAUUCUAAUGAUUAAUGGUUAUAAAUCGUAACAAUAAUUAUUGUAACUGUAACCAUUACGAAAAAUCGUAUUAUUCAAUAAUAAUACGAUAAGUUUAUAUAUUUAAGUAUGUAACUAACAUCAUAUUAUGUAAAAAGGUUACAUUUAAAAAUGUGUAUUUACAUUUUUUAUUUUAAUAUUUAUUAAUAUAAGGUUAAAAUGUUAAAUAAUUGUAUUUUUUGAUAAUAAAACUAAUAUAUUAUACCCAU